CCCUCCUCUCCUUCCUCCCUCUCACACUCUGUGGUCUGCAUGCUCACUGUCCCGAAACAUGAUGAACCAUUCAGCCCUAUGGGAAUUUCUCCUCCCAGCCAGCUAACGUCAGCUACAUCUGUGUCUGUCAGCCAGAGUGUAUGCAGCAGCGGCAGCGGCAGCAGCAGCAGUGUGGCAGUAGUGAGAAGCAGCCUCUCAGUGACAUUCUGCUUCAACUUGACUAAGAGGCAGCUCAUCCAGAUCAGCUCACACUGGGAGGAAAAGUUCUUCUUUCUUUGGCUCCUGAGCAGAUUCUACUAAUUUACGAAUGACUGAGGAAGGAUGCUCUGCAACUUGAGGAUACUUUUCUCAUUUGGACGCCCGGUGGCUGUGCUGGAUGGCCGAGGGGGAACGUGAUGCUCUUGAGCAGGGGUGACCGAAGCCUCCUGGUGUCCACCCUCCUCCUCUACUCUUCUUUCCCCUCUGCCUCCGUGCUCACACUUCUCCCUCGGACCUCUCUGGCAUGCCAGGGUCAAGUCAGCAGGAUUUUCCCCAUCCACCUCAAUCAUCCCUCCAACCGUGUUGUGAUCCUGUUCCUCAGCGCCACACUUGACCCGAAGGCUUCCCAGGCAAAACAAAGGGAUUAACCAUGAACUUUGCUCUCACCAGGAGACACACUCUGCCCUUAAACAGAAGACCGUGAGAUCUGAUGAAAGUCAACUGAGAUCGUCCUGAAAAUGACAAAUCCAAACACUCUUGUCAUGGUUGGAUGCUAAUAAAAACAAGAAGACCAUGGAGGGAGAGAACUCCACUGUAAAUGCCAGUACGAUGGAUUUCCACCUGGUCACUCACAGUCUCUGGGAGGUGAUCACCAUUGCGACAGUUUCGGCCAUUGUCAGCCUCAUCACCAUCGUGGGGAACGUCCUAGUGAUGCUCUCCUUUAAGGUCAACAGCCAGCUGAAGACAGUGAAUAAUUACUACCUGCUGAGUCUGGCAGCUGCUGACCUCAUCAUAGGUGUUUUCUCCAUGAAUCUGUAUACCUCGUACAUACUGAUGGGCUACUGGGCCUUAGGGAACAUCGCCUGUGACCUGUGGUUGGCGGUGGACUACGUAGCCAGCAACGCCUCCGUCAUGAACCUGCUGGUGAUCAGUUUUGACAGAUAUUUCUCCAUCACCAGACCUCUGACCUAUAGGGCCAAGCGGACUCCCAAACGAGCCGGGAUCAUGAUCGGUAUGGCCUGGCUGGUGUCCCUUAUUCUGUGGGCCCCACCUAUUCUCUGCUGGCAAUACUUUGUAGGAAAAAGGACGGUCGGUGAGAGGCAAUGCCAGAUCCAGUUUUUCUCGGAGCCUGUGAUAACCUUUGGGACAGCGAUUGCUGCCUUUUAUAUCCCCGUGUCAGUUAUGACAAUCCUAUACUGUCGAAUCUACAAGGAGACGGAGAAGAGGACCAAAGAUCUGGCGGAGCUGCAGGGGAUUAACUUUCCCGCAGACCCUGGGGUCCCCCAGCCUCAGAAGACCAUUAUCAGAUCCUGUUUUAGCUGUAAAUUAAGGUCGGCUUCGCACGACAGGAAUCAAGCCUCUUGGUCCUCCUCCAGCAGAAGCAACGCGGCCAAAUCAGCGGCCAUCACCAACGACGAGUGGUCCAAAGCCGGUCAGCUGACCACGUUCAACAGCUACGCCUCGUCUGAGGAAGAGGACAGGCCCGUGUCUCCGGGGGGUUUCCAGCCCUCCUUCAGGAACCAGGCUUGUGAGACCAUCAAGAGCGGAGUGGGCAGCGAGAGCGAGCAGCUCAGCAGCUACGAAGAGGACAGCUUCUUCCAGACGCCGCCCAAAAGCAACUCUCAGAAGAGCGGCAAGUGUGUCUCUUACAAGUUCAAGCCCGUGGCCAAAGACACUCCCGCGGAGCACCACAGCAAGAACGGAGACACCAAAAUGGCAUCGUCGACGUUCUCCUCGGCCGAGUCCAUGAGCGUGCCGUCCACCUCCUCGACGUCUAAGCCCAUAGACGCCACCUUGAAGAACCAGAUCACCAAGAGGAAGAGGAUGGUGCUGAUCAAGGAGAGGAAGGCAGCUCAGACUCUCAGCGCCAUCUUGCUGGCUUUCAUCCUGACAUGGACGCCUUAUAACAUCAUGGUGCUCAUUUCCACCUUCUGCUCAGACUGCAUCCCCCUCUCGCUCUGGCACCUGGGCUACUGGCUGUGCUACGUCAACAGCACCGUCAACCCCAUGUGCUACGCCCUCUGUAACAAGACUUUCCAAAAGACCUUUCGUAUGCUCUUACUUUGCCAGUGGAAGAAGAAAAGGAUUGAGGAGAAACUAUACUGGUAUGGACAAAACCCCGUGGUCAGCACCAAACUGACAUGAACUAUUACUUUUUUUAAGAUGGUGUAUGACGAUGGCUGUAAAUUAUACGUUUGUAUUGAUAAUCUCGGCUUUAUGAACUUGAAUUCUACACAGUAUCAAAAGUAAAAAAAAAAUUAUAUCAAGGAGCUGGUACAAAUUUUAGUGUUGCUCAUUAAUCAGUAGGUCUGCUAUAGUGUAUGUUAAUUACUGCUCAGACUUUGGAAAUGGAAGAACAUUAUAAAAUUGUCCCAACAUAUUUCAGUGACACUGUAAAUAGAUUUUAAAAUAUUAAAAAUACCAGUAAUUUCCCCCAAAAUUGGUGCUGUUAUGCGUCUCAGAUUUAUAUUGUACUGUAUUUGUACUCAAGAUGCACAGUUUGACAUCUGGAGCAUGAUAAAAUUGCUCCAAUCUAAUAAUUUACACUGUAUAUUGGUUUAAAAGUAUUAAAAAUGACCAGUAUUCUCCCCCAAGUUGAUGCUCUUAACACCCAAAAUGUCAUACCACAUGCAGUUUUAUCCUGUAGGUAUUGUGUUUUGCAUUGAGGAUGCACAUUUUGGACUUGCUAUUUUUAUUUUAAAGGGCUAAUACGUGUCGUCCUGAUGUUGGAACCUGCUUGCUAAGUCAAGAUUGUAACUUGAUGAUAACAAAGCCUUUUCACACGUGCCAUUGUCAUUCGUCAGAUGAGUGAAUAUAGCUUCAGCUUCGAUGUUUUCACAUUUCACAUUCUGCAUUUUCUGUCCCAUGGAAAAAAUAGAGUGAUGGUUCCAUAAAUUAAACUACAAAAAUUAACAAAUAACCCCAAACUGAACCCUUCUGGUCAACCCCACAAUCCUUACAAUUUAUGACAAACUUGCUGAACAAUGUCAGUGUUUACAACGGGAACAGUGUGGAGGAUUUAAGAGUACACAUUGUUUAUUAUAAUCUGUUUAUUAGUCUUCGUCCUCAGGAUAUUUUCUUUUUCUUUGAGCAUUGAAAUACAGUAUUUGUUCUGUAGCUUAAUCAGUAUGUCAUCAUGUCUUCAUCGUGUUUCUGGAAAACUUGUAAUGUACUGUGGCAAAUAAAACGCUGUUUGUGAAAUGUUCCUUUGUGUAAGCAUUGGAUGGGAGAUGACAUGCAAGAAAAAAUAUAUAUAUAUUUUACAUGUGUCAUAAGCUAUAAUGUCAUGAAACACUUUCUUGUAACUGUGAUAAACCAGCUGCACUUGCAAUUUGGGGAGUGAUGAGAUGCUUCGCUUCGUGUGUUGACAUGGUGUUCGAUGGAAACAAAGCUAGAGCUAAAAACGUACAUUUUUAUACUGUGUCCCAAGUUUGUGAUUCAUUUUCUUGUUCCUUUCAGUAUUUUGUGAUCAUGUCCAUGCAUUUCUGAAUAAAAUGUGGUGAAUUCAA